CGUCUACUCCUCGGUGGAGGCGCGUCCGUCGGAGGGAAAAGCGGGAUUCAAUUUCAAACCCCGGCCACGGGGAACCAGCGCCAUCGGAUUGGGCGACGCGAUUGAAAAAAACAUUGACAGCGAUAUAGAAAGAAAAAAAAUCGCGUCAAAGGUCGCGUAGUCGCUCAUUUCGCGCCGAAAAAAAAAGACGAGUGGCGCGUUUUCGCCGUUGAAUUCUUUGAAAAACGACGCCGGGUUCAGGUGUGGUGUAUAAUCGUGUUACAGUUGCCCUUAUCGCUGCUCUGACUACGUCUCGGCGCCGACAUCUGCAGGAAUAAAAACAAAAAACAUGCCGAGGUCCAACAGGCAGAGGGAGUACAAACCAGGAGACCUGGUCUUCGCCAAAAUGAAAGGCUACCCGCACUGGCCCGCCAGGAUUGACGAGUUCCCAGAGCGAGCAGUGAAGUCACCCUCCAACAAGUACCAGGUGUUCUUUUUCGGGACGCACGAAACGGCGUCCCUCGGGGCCAAGGACUUGUUCCCAUACGACGAGUGCAAAGAGAAGUACGGGAAAGCCAACAAGAGGAAAGGCUUCGCCGAGGGCCUCUGGGAGAUUGAGAACAACCCCACCGUCACACACGAGGGCUACAAGUCAUCAAAGAAGGACGACGAGGCCGAAGAAGCCGCCGGUUCGGAGAAAGCCGACGCGGAGGGUAGCAGCGACGAGGGCGAGGGUGCCCUGGUCAUUGACGAGAAGAACGACAGAGGAGGAAACAAGCGCAAGGCGGACGAGUCGGCGGAGGUGUCGCCUAAGCGGCCGAAGGACGUGGAUGCUGAGGGCGCUUCCGACGUAGACAACGCAAAGACGGAGGGCAAGGUCAAUGACGUGGUCGCGCCCGAGGAAAAUACCGCGGCACCGGGAAAGCAAAUGGCAGAUAAGGCCGUGACGGAGAGCGCUUAACGUUUGCCUCUUGAGACAAGAACCCGUCGAUGCUUCUCAUCUGGAACAGAAGCGUGGACGCCUUGACGUCGCAGGAAAAUAGAUUUCGCGAGAUCCAUGAAUAUUUUCAACAACUACAAAAAGUGUUUGUAUGGCGAGACAAAGAAAUGUUCAUUUGUCCAAUUGGGAUAUCAUAUAUCCCAAUAGGAAUAAGAACAAUUGGAUUUCCAAACCAAUUGAGCUGUAUGGGGCUCGUUUAUAAAUGGGGAUUUUGGUGUGUACAUAUUUUUUUAUUUCCAAGUGCAAUUAAGUAAUUACAUGGAGUGAAUGCCAGGUGUCAUACCUAAAGAACCACAAACAAAGGGUACAAUAUAAUACAAUACAUGCUGAUUUGAAAAUGCUCUUCAAUUAUAGAUAUUGUAAUACUUGGUGUAUAUGGUGAGAGGGGAAAAAAAAACAUUUUCACUUUUGCUUUCAGCUUGAAAUUGAAGUGUUUUACUUGCGGUUGUUUUAUCUAAUCGACCAUUGCCAUAACAUCGGCCUCCCAACUGUAUACUGUAUUAAAACAUGAAAUAUUGACUUCAAAUAAACAACAAAGACUCCGAGACAAUAGGCACCCACUUUGUUUUGGGGAAAGCGUGCCGUUCAACACAAGUGGCCCUUUGUUUUGUGUUCAGGAAAGCCUGCCAUUCAACAUGCUCUUGUACGGUGAUAUUUGGUUGCUUCCUUUUGGUGGUGUUGUGCUCAUUGAGGGUGACCACGUGUGAAUAAUUUAAACAUCUGAUUGUGUAUUGAACAUAUGAUAUAUACACCCAUAUAUAUAUAUGACAAUAUAUAUAUAUAUAUAGACCCUGUCUCAGCGACAAUUUUAGCGUUUGAUAUGUUAAUACUUUGGAGAAUUGUGUGUCGCGGUCAUUGUCUCAAGCUGAAAGACAUUCCCGCAUGCUCGUGUAUAGCCCACUACGCCCUUUCAAAAGUUAACCACCAUCUAAUGCGAUCAGAACAACAACAAAAAACAAAUGUUGAUGAUGUCAUUGUGAUCCUUUGACGGCAUUUGCCUUCAUUUUUUUCCCCCAUCUUUCACGUGUACCGUAUUUCCUCAAAUAGUGACCCGGUUGGCCAAGCGAACUCCUUUCUCAAAUAACAAUACAGUACAAUGCUGACUGGAGAGCGCAGAGUCUUGGAGAAUGUUUUAAGCGAAUUCAAAUUGAGAGCGGUUGUGAAAGAUGACUGCGUGAGGUUGAGCUGGCGACUCGCGUUCUGUGUGGUCAUGCUACAAUGUUGUGUGCAGCCAUGUUGACAUCCCGCCGCUUGUAAAUUGGGCCAGCUUGCCUCCGAGAAAUUUGGAUGUAGCUUAAAAGUAUACUUUGACCAGACCUUUUGCAGUUGGCUCACUUCAGGCUCCACCUUGACCACUAUUCUCAGAAAUACGGUAUCCACUUACAAGUGUUUUUGAUGGUGAAUCCUUGUAAAAAUAAUUGCUCAACUGAAAUUUGAGUCUUACAACCACACACACAACCGCCCCCAGUGUACUUAUGUACAAGUCUUAUGUUGAACAACAUUGCGAUGUUCUAAACAAGGAGUGAUUUAUUUUCGGGUUAAUGUGUGUCGCUGUUAGUUCACAACUCUCCCCCGCUGUGUGAAUCCAGUGGGAGCAAGCAAUGAAAAAGAACAAAAAUAAUAAUAAUUUUGUAUAUAACGGUCAAAAUAUGACCUUGUCGCACAUCAUGCAUCAACGUUUUCCACUCUGCGGUUUAAAAUACACGGCAAAUUGAUUUGUUCUCUGAGUGUAAUUGUUGCUAUCACCUCCUCCCGUUGUUUUAAUAUGCUGCGCUUUAGUUUAAUAUUGUAGUUGCUGGUCCAUUUAAUAAACAUGUUUAUUACAAAGA